CAUUACAAUGUCAAAACAAGGAAGGGUCGGAAGUAGAAUAUAUUAUGGAAAAAGGGACACGAAAGAAAAACUCAAAAGGCACAUCUUCAAUAGAGGGGCUGAAGCACGCAAGGCAGGAAGAAAUGACACAGCCAGAGAAAUAUAUGUUUUCCCUUGCUGCCAUUGCUCUGGUUGUAGCCGUUUGCGUGGCACCACUGACAGCUGAAAUAUCUACAUCUGGCUUUUCAUCUCAUAAACACAGUGUCCUAAAGAUGGAUGAGGCAGUUUUGACAGUCAACAAUGAUCUGGACAGUGAGGUGGUGGUUUUCUGGAUGUCAGAGCGCUGCUACCAGUGUUUGUACCAACAGCUAGGGGUGGUACCUGCAGCGCAGAGUCCUGGCCAGCCCGGUUCAGUUGACUUUGUUGUAAGCACACAGCAUGAAAUUACACUACAGCUCAACAGCACUCCUGUUAACCUGGAGUUGUGCACAAUUCCAUUCCACUUUGGGGAGCAUGGAAACUACUCUUUGUGGGUGAAAAAUCUAAAUGACUCCUCAGUGGUCAACUGCUCUGUAGUGAAUGAUGCAGACCCCAUCAACAGCUACAUACCGAUAUUGGUAGCUUUUCUUAUCUUUGCUGGACUGGCCGUGGUGUCUGCCAUUGGAAGAACAUUAUUAGGGCUUGAUGUAGUGAAAGGUAUCCUCUUCCGAAUUAGUGGCUCCAUGGAGACAGAAAGGCUCAUCAACUCUGAACUGGGCUCCCCUGGCAGGACGGUGACAUCCGUUACUGACAACAUCCUCCCUCCUCCACCCAACCCCAGCAAGAGGCUGCGAUCUCUGGACACAUUCAGAGGUGUCUCCUUAGUCAUUAUGGUGUUUGUGAACUAUGGAGGGGGGCGAUACUGGUUCUUUAGACACACAAGCUGGAAUGGUCUUACUGUUGCAGAUCUAGUCUUUCCUUGGUUUGUGUUUAUAAUGGGGACAUCCAUUGCGCUGUCAGUCAACUCCCUGCUGCGUGCAGGCUUGACUCGCUGCGCACUGCUGAGGAAAGUUGUGUGGAGGAGCCUGCAGCUCUUCAUUAUCGGUGUCUUCAUUAUCAACCCAAACUACUGCCAGGGACCAUUAUCUUGGGACAACCUGCGCAUCCCAGGUGUGUUGCAGCGUCUGGCCUGGUCGUACCUGGUUGUAGCCAGCCUGGAUCUGUUGGUGGCGAGAGGUCACCUUGACAUCCUUACAACGGGUGCUUGGUGGUCUCCUGGCCUUGACAUCUUGCUGUACUGGCCAGCUUGGCUGUGUGUGCUUCUCUUAGAAAGCAUCUGGCUAUUCCUCACUUUCCAACUUCCUGUACCAGAUUGCCCAACAGGCUAUCUGGGUCCAGGUGGGAUCGGGGACAUGGGUCUAUAUGCCAACUGCACCGGUGGAGCAGCUGGUUUCAUUGACCGUUGGCUGCUGGGAGAAAACCACAUCUACCAGACUCCCUCGUCACGGGUGAUUUUUGCAACGCACAUGCCAUAUGAUCCAGAAGGUGUUCUUGGCAGCAUCAACUCUGUCCUCAUGGCUUUUCUUGGAUUACAGGCAGGAAAAAUAAUCUUACACUACAGAGAACUCCACAGGAGUAUAAUGUCAAGGUUUCUUAUAUGGGGUCUCUUAUUGGGUGCCAUAUCAGCACUUCUGACCAAGUGUUCCACAGACCAGGGCUUCAUUCCUGUCAACAAAAACCUAUGGUCUCUGUCCUAUGUGACAACACUGGCUUGUUUUGCCUUUGUGCUGCUAGUUCUGGUCUACUACACGGUGGAUGUAAAGAAGUGGUGGUCUGGAGCACCUUUCUACUACCCUGGUAUGAACUCCAUCCUUGUGUAUGUGGGCCAUGAAGUGUUUGAAGAGUACUUCCCCUUCCGUUGGCGCAUGGCCAACAGCCAAUCCCACGCUGAACACCUCACCCAGAACCUCGUGGCUACUUCCUGUUGGGUGGUUAUCUCCUAUGUGCUCUACAGAAAGAAAAUUUUCUGGAAAAUUUAGAAGUGGGGCCUCUAAAUUAUGGGGCAUUCAGACAAAUAAUAGCAGAAGACAUUGUUUACAUCAGAAUUGCUGGAGUUAUAAUGUGAGUUAUAAUGUGAGAACAGAAAAUAGGAGGCUGAUAUAUUUUGUCAAAACUAUGAUGGUUCGCUGUCUCUGAACAUAUAAGGGUUUCUUCUUUAAAACAGCACUCUUUUUUUUUUUUUUUUUUUUUUUUUUU